AUGAGUCUUCACUCCAACGUCGGCAGCUCCCAGAUCUAUGAGGAUGGGGACCAAAAGAACGUUCCCAAUUCCGUGCUUGAGGAAUCGAAGAAGGACAAGCGUUUCCACGAGGGUCAAAGUCACAGUCAUAAAGCCAACGAUUCAAAGGAUGAGAGGUCUAUUGCCAACAAGCUAGCGCGAGAGGAGAAGCGUCGGAAAGAGGACGAUGAUGAGAGUGAAGAAACAAAGCAAACGAAAACAGAUCCCAGGUUGCCAGCCACAAUGCAUGGCAACGAGCCCAGCAAAGGUGCUAAAAUCGACGCCGAGAUUGAAGAAGAGGAAAAGGAAACAUUAAAGAAGAAAGGGAAAGCUUGAAUAAUAUCUGGAUAUGGUAUGGGCCUACGGCCGCAUAAUUAUGACCUAGGGGCCUAUCAUGAUGACGUUACAAGGCUGCAUGUGAGCUUCAUAUAAGAUAGUAUGUAAAUAAGAAUGGAAAAAAAGGAAUGGAGUACCGUGGUUUUUCUCUCGCUCCGAAAAAGGGUGU